AUGAGUGUAACGGCUGACGAACCCACAACAUCCGCAUACAAUUCAAUAAAAAUGGGUGUUGAUUCUGGUGAAUAUCGUAAUUUAGGUUAUGAAAACACGGUUUUUGGACAUUUCCAGAAAGAAAAAUUACAUGCGAAUAUCGAACAUUUUAAAUUUCAACAGCAAAAACAUUUGGAAGAUGUUGAAAAACAAGAUAUCGUACCAACAAAAAGUCAAACGAUUAAGCAGAUUUUAAGCAAAACAAUUUUACAUGGUAAAGUACAUAAUGCUUUAUUACGCAUGGAAGAUUGGAUUUUUUUACUCUUGGUUGGAGUAAUCAUGGCAUUUAUUAGUUUUGGAAUCACAAUUUUAACGACACAUUUACGGGAAGUCCGUCUUGGAUUAUAUCAUCACUUUACGAAUGAAAAAAUUAAAUAUUGUAUAUGGAUUUUAACUCCGUUGGUGUUAAUCAUAUUUAGUGUGGAAUUCGUGGAUAAAGUAGCACCACAAUCCAUUGGAUCUGGUAUUCCAGAAAUUAAAACAGUUUUACGUGGAUUUCGUUUAAAUCGUUACCUAACAACACGAGCUUUAAUUGCGAAAGUAGUUGGAUUAAUCGGAGUACUUGGUAGUGGAAUGCCGGUGGGUAAAGAAGGACCUUUUGUUCAUAUGGCAUGUAUUGUAGCAACGAAAUUGAAAUGUUUAAUACCACCAAAAGAGGAUCAAUCACGUUUCGACGAAGAUGGCUCACGACAUUACGAUAAAUUAAUCGCAUCCAGUGCUGUUGGAGUGGCUGCCUGUUAUGGUUUACCCGUGGGUGGGUUAUUAUUUUCCAUCGAAGUUACCACACUAUAUUUUGCUGUUCGUAAUUAUUGGCGUGCAUUUUUCUCCGCUUCAAUUUGUUCCGCUUUGCUUCGUUUAUUAUACUUUUGGUUUGGAUAUACAAGUACAUUUUUGCCAAUUUUCCAAACGUAUAUCCAUCAAAAAGUACCGUUUGAACCGAAUGAAUUAUUUAUUUUUGCUACGCUGGGUUUAGUUUGUGGUUUAUUGGGAGCUGGAUAUGUGAAAUUACACCGAAUGUACGUCGAUUUUCUACGGAAUUUCAUCCAAGGAUAUUUAUACCGACAUCGAUUCGUGUACCCAACACUUGUGGUUCUAUUAAUUUCGAAUGUUACAUGUCCAAUGUUCUUUGGACAUUGGGUCGGGAGUGAAGUUUUAAUUACAACACAAAUUGCAGUGCUUUUUUUAAAUAACUCGUUAACAUCGAAAAAUUUAUCAAUCGAGGAUCAACAAUCGAUUGAAACAUUUUUACCGCAUUAUCAUCAAUCCGAGUAUGGAAUUUUCAUAGCAUUAUUAGCGGUUGUUGCGUAUAUUUUUAUAUUUUCAAUUAUCGCGGGUACUUUACCCGUUCCAAGUGGUAGUUUUAUACCAGGAUUUACAAUGGGUGCUGCAAUUGGACGAUUAAUCGGCGAAUGUACAUAUUUAAUAUUAAUUAAACGUAAAAAUCCUGUUAUUCCAGCAGGAUAUGCUAUUGCUGGAGCAGCUGCUUUCGCGGGAGCUUUAACUCAUUCAUUUAGUGUGAGUGUUAUAAUCAUUGAAAUCACUGGACAAAUCACUCAUAUUAUUCCAAUGAUGUUAUCGAUUUUAAUUGCAAAUACAACAGCGAUUUUUCUUCAACCUUCGAUUUAUAAUUCAAUAAUUGAGUUGAAAAAAUUACCAAGUGUUCCGGAUAUUUCAACCGGGGCAAAUCCUGAAGUUUAUGAUAUAUGCGUACAAGAUUUUAUGAUCAAAAAUGUGAAAUAUAUUUGGAAGGGAAUGAAAUAUUGGGAACUUAGUGAAUUUCUAUCAACUAAUCAUUUAUUUGGAUAUCCGUUUGUGGAUUCUCCGACAACGCAAAUUCUUUUAGGUUCGAUUAAACGAACUCAUCUAGUCAGUUUAGUAACUCGACGUGUUACAACUCAAUCAAAAGUGCCGAAAACAAUGAAAAAAUCACGUUUUCUUAAAACAUCGAAAUUUCUAAAAACGAAUUACAAAACAAUUACUGGAAAUGAUAUACAAAAAUCAUCACGAUUACCUUCUUUACGACAAAAAUCACCCGAAAGAUUAAACGUUCCUCCAACGUCUUUGACCUCGAUUAAUUCAUCGUUAAAUUCAAUUGAACGUGAAUUAUUCGAUGAACUAAACGAUACUAAUAUUAUCGAUGAUGUAAAUAAGUAUGAUGAAGAUUUAAAAGAGUACAUCGAUUGGUACUAUAAAGAUACAACUCAUAACGAUUUCGAAAAGAAGCGAUUAUAUGGUGUCGUGGAUUUCCGACGUUGUCAAAUCGAUCCAUCUCCAUUUCAGUUAGUGGAACGUACUAGUUUAUUAAAAGUACAAACGAUUUUUAGUAUGUUAGCAAUUCGAACUGCGUAUGUAACAAAUAUGGGACGAUUAGUUGGUGUUGUUUCACUAACGGAUUUAUGCCAAGCUAUUGAUGAUGUCAACCAUGGUAAAUUAACGAAAUCCACUGAACGAAACCGAAUAUUUUUAUGA